GUUUUAUGUUUUUAAAUUAAUUCAAUACAGCAUUGUAUUUACUUGAUGCUUUCAAGUUAAAUUUUGUAGAGAUGGAUAGAAAUAUUUCAAUAAGAAAUUGUUCAAAAUUUUUUACGUGUAUGGUAUUAGCGAUUGGAAUAGCCACUGCACUUGAAGUAGUCUUUGAACGCUGUGAAAUGGUAUAUGUGAAUCCGAAAUAUUUUAGUAAUGUGACACUAAAUGUGAGACGAUAUUCCCGAAACGGUUCAUAUAAUUUAAAUUUAGGUGGAAAAGUACUACGCGCAUUAGACAAGAAUGUUUCGAUCGCUUUAAUUCUUGAGGAAUAUCUUCAUAACGAGUAUCAGCCGUCGUUCGUGCAAUUCAAGUUUGCGACCUGCGACAUGUUGAAGUUUCCAUAUAUUGACCUUGGAAAACGAUAUAAUUUAAAAUGUCCUAUUAAACCGGGUUAUGUAAUGCUUCGCAAUUUGACAGUUCUUGCCGCAAACUUUCCCGCUGUGUUUCCAUUUGAAAAAGGGCGAGUAUAUGUGAAGUUUUACAUAACGGACACAGAAGAGACGAUGGCCUUGGGAUACGUUUACGCUUCAUUUAAGGGAUCGCGAAGAUCGCGUCAUUUUGCAACGUAGUACCUAUCUAGGUGCAAAUAUUUUUCUAUAAUAAAUUAA